CCGUUGUCGGCCGCUGUCGCCUUCUUCUCGUUCUACCAUGCUGCCUCGUCCUCUUCCCCAGAUAAUGUCUCAAUGCCUGGGAAAACGAACCUAGAUGACUUGGAGAAAGAGGUCGCAGACCUCGAGUAUCGUCUACACAAUGCCAGAACCCGUUUAACCCUGGCCUCCGGGCCACGGGAAAGUGGCGAAUCGUCCUCCUACUUGCCGCUCCCUGCCGUCCCAACUCACGCACUGCUGCUGCUGUCCGAUUCUGCCCUCCCACUGGGCUCCUUCGCAUACUCCAGCGGUCUGGAAUCUUAUCUCGCGCACAACAAGCCACUGCCUCGUUCGGUCACACCGCUCGCAUCCUUCCACCGCUUUUUGAAACUCUCCAUGGCCUCAAUGGCCAGUACUUCUCUUCCGUACGUGCUCGCCGGGUUCCGGGACCCCGAGGAGCUGGAAACCCUCGAUAACGACCUGGAUGCGUCGACUCCUUGCGUGGUGGCGCAGCGAGCGAGCGUCGCCCAGGGGCGCGCACUGAUUGGUGUCUGGGAGCGCGCUUUUCGAGGCACGUACGCCUCGGGGCCGUUCCUAGCGGGGCCUGCAGCGGCGCAAGCGGUGAAGGCCAUCGAGUCUUUCGCGGAUGCGCUCAAGUCCUCGCUGGGCGAUGCGAAUGAACUCGGCCCCAAGGGACAUAUUGCGCCGCUCUGGGGCGUCGUGUGUCUGGCCAUGGGCAUGGACGCUCACCAGACGGCGUAUGUGUUCAUGCUGAACCACGCCAAGGCGGUUCUCAGCGCGGCAGUCCGAGCGUCUGUCAUGGGCCCGUACCAGGCGCAGAAUGUGUUGGCGAGCAAGCACUUGCAGGACAUGAUCUUAGAUCGCAUCGACCGGGAGUGGGAGACGCCGGUCGAGGACGCGGGCCAGGUGGUGCCCCCGUUAGAUCUGUGGGUGGGUCGACAUGAGCUUUUAUAUAGUAGAAUUUUUAAUUCAUAA